AGCAGGUGUCCAGCCAAUCAGCAAGUGGCUUGAGCCACAGGAAGGAAGGUGCAUAGGGCAUGAUGAAAGCACAGGCAGCUGGAGGAAGGCAAGAGAGACAAUGGGAGGAACACUCAAGGCAAACAGACCUAGAAGAAGAGCAAGGCAAAGACUGCAGCUGGAGCUCAUAGAAGGAAUCAAAAGCAGAAGCCAUGGCUUCCAAGGCAAAGGCACUGGCCAAGCCAGCAGUGGCCAAGACAGCAUUGGCCAAGCCAGCAGUGGACAAGCCAGCAGCGGACGAGCCAGCAGCGGACGAGCCAGCAGCGGACGAGCCAGCAGCAGACAAGCCAGCAGUGGACAAACCAGCAGUGGCCAAGACAGCAGCGGCCAAGCCAGCAGCAGCCAAGCCAACAGUGGACAAACCAGCAGCAGACAAGCCAGCAGUGGACAAACCAGCAGUGGCCAAGACAGCAUUGGCCAAGACAGCAUUGGCCAAGCCAGCAGCAGCCAAGCCAACAGUGGACAAGCCAGCAGCAGACGAGCCAGCAGCAGACAAGCCAGCAGUGGACAAGCCAGCAAUGGACAAACCAGCAGCAAUGGCAGACACAAAGGGCAAAGGUGGCAAAGCAAGAGCUAAAGAAACUGCCCAAAAGAUCCACCAGCGGACAUCAGCCAUGGCCACUAACUUCCCUUUCAACAUGGCUUCUCCCAAGAAACUGUGGACCGGUCUUCAGGUUGCUGCAGCCAUCGGUGUUAUCGUCUUUAUCAUCUCGAUCUCCAUCUAUAUCUUUUUGACAAGUGCAAACAAACUACGCUCCAUUGAAAAACCUAUGAAUCACCUGAAGCAUACGAUGUCAAUUGGAAUGAGAAAUAGAAAUAUGAACUAUGCAAACUGUAAGUAGACAAUGGCCCACAGUUCUUCUUUUCAGGUUGGUUUAGGGAAGGGAAGUGCCUUUGUCUCCGAGGGGAGAUCAGGUGUCCCUUGUUUUAAGGGAUGGCCCUUGUAUUGGAGCGGGUUUUGGGCAGUUUCUGGACUGCCAUUCACUGCUUUUCUUGCUUUGGGCCUGACUUUGCAGCCUCCUCCCCAAUUAUCAUCUUCUUUCUCAAUAAAACGCAAUGUAUAUAUGUAUGUAUGUGGUUUGUACCACAAGGGCUCCACUGUGACUUGAUGGGUCUGGAUCAAACUUACUCUUUGUUAUCUGACUUAAAAUAAUUAAGGGGACUGAAUUAAAAGAACUACCCUUUUUGGGCCCAGAGCAGAGGGAAAGGAAAGGAAUGAAGCGGAUUGGCUGUGACCAGGUGAAGUGGCCCUGUGUCAUGUAACUAAGAACGAAAGGGGGCAAAGCAGAUUGGCUGCUGCUAGGUGAUGUGUGUAUAAGGGGAAAGAAGGAAGCAAGGAAAUACUCAUCUUUCUUUUGUUCCCCUCAAACGCCUUAUCGAGAACAUGAGAAAUUUCCACCAUGUUUUUGAAUAUCAACAUCUACAAUGUGUAAUGGCAGCAAUUUCCCAGUGUGUGGUGUAUAUCACUAUACAUUCCAAUUAGCACCAACUGCUCCCCACUUAAAACCUAUAUUAACAAAAUGAAAAAUUUAAAAUCAUAAUGAACUUCCCAUGG